AUGAAGGAAGAAGCGGACGGCGCUUGUCAUGCAGCUGAUGCUGAGCGAACGUCUGAGAGUUCGCGUCUUCUAUCGGAACAUAUACCAGCGUCUCAAUACCAGAGUAUCCCUAGCCUCGGUCCAACUUCCAGGCAAAAUGAUCUCGCCAGUGGUGGCUGCUACUACGAAUCACAAGAUAGUGAGACAGAGAGCACAAAGAGCCCAUGGUCCACCCUCUCCCUCCUUUUGCUUGGUGUCUUUGUUGCCCAAAUCGAUCAAUCCCUCGUACUCGCCACAUAUGGACAAGUUGCCUCCGAAUUUGAAGAGCUGGACUCCGGCUCCUGGCUCAUGUCAGCCUAUAUACUCGCACAAUGUGCUGUUCAACCCCUAUAUGGCAAGCUGAGUGAUGUCUACGGUCGUAAGAUGUGCUUGCUGACAGCGUACACCUUGUUUGCCAUUGGUACGGCGGGAUCUGGAUCAUCCCAAAGUAUGGGACAAGUGAUUGCCUCCCGGGCGGUGCAAGGUGCUGGAGGCGCCGGCAUGGUCAGCUUGGUGGCAAUCAUCAUUACCGAUAUUGUGCCUAAAAAGGAUAUUGCGUUAGUCCGGAGUUAUGUGAAUGUGUUGCAGACCAUGGGGAGAAGUUGUGGGGCCAUUGUCGGUGGAGUCGUGACUCAAGCGAUCGGCUGGCGAUGGGCAUUCCUCAUACAGGUGCCUCCGACCGUGUUGGCGAUUUACCUUGUGGCCUGGAAACUGGACCUGUCGAGAAGAGGGACCGACGAGCAAGCCACCGAAGGAAUGUCCAGUUGGGAGAAACUCGGACAGGUCGAUUUCAUCGGAUCGUUGUUCUUGGGACUGACUAUACUGUCACUCUGCCUCGUUUUGGAUCUGGGGGGACAGCGAAUACCGUGGGAUUCAAGCUGGAUGAUGGCAAUCAUUGCUGGUGGUAUACUAUCUGCAAUCGCCUACAUGGUGUCAGCAAAGGUUGUGCUGCAUCCGAUUUAUCCCCUGGAGCUCCUGAGACAUCGAGUCGUCAUCACCAACUACAUGUGUGCUUUCCUGGGCAUCAUGGGUCAGCUGAGUCUCAUGACAUUUGUGCCAAUCUACUUUCAAACCACCACACACGCCUCCGUUGCGGCCGCAGGAGCCCUUCUGAUCCCGGCAUUCGCUGGAAACACGGUCGGGGGUCUCCUGACUGGAUAUCUCAUCAAGAAGACCGGCCGCUAUAAGCCUUACACUGUGCUUGCGCCCGUCAUCUCGCUAUGCGGCAUGAUCUCAUUACUGUUGGCGUGGAACGGUAACACGACGAUGGUCUCGUCGUUGCUCGUCAUUCCUGGAGGGUUUGCGGCCGGUGUAGUCUCGACCUCAGCAUUCAUCGGUCUUGUGGAUGGCGUUCCCAAAGAGCAUGUUGCAGUGGCUGCGUCCGGAUCGUAUUUGUUUCUCAAUCUGGGUGCCAUUGCAGGCGUUAGUAUUGGAAGUGCAUGCUUCCAAGCAGAACUCCGCAGUACGCUCGAGCGAACCCUCGAUAAUUUCCCCAACAAGCAUUCGAUCAUUCAACACGCUACCGCAGACCUCGAGUACCUAUGGAUGACUGAGGGACGUUUGCAACGUGUUUUGAUCAAUGGCUACAUUCAAGCUUUCCAUGCUGUGAACUAUAUGGGCAUUGCCUGCUCCGCACUCGCACUUCUCUGUGGUAUACUCACACCUAGUCAUACAAUAGGGUCAACAGCUGGAACAUAG